UACUCCAGAUAAAAUCGACAUUUUUCAGCAAAAAGAAAAAGAGAGAAAAAAUAAAUCUGAUUUUUCUUGUCGCCUUUGAAACGGAACCUUGACAUUAUCAAUUUUAGCCUUUCGGCUGCCUUUUCCAUCUUCCACUUCUGCUCAAAAGCCUCCAUUUUUGCAGCUCCGAGCACAGAGAAACGAAACGCACAAAAAAAAAAAAACAAAACAGAGCAAACAAAAAAUCGAGAAAAGAAAUCACAGGAAUUGAAGAAAUGGGGGAUCAGACAGCGAGGGCCGAGGAAUUCGAGAAGAAGGCAGAGAAGAAGCUCAGCGGCUGGGGUUUAUUUAGCUCCAAAUACGAGGACGCCGCCGAUCUCUUCGAUAAAGCCGGAAAUUGUUUCAAACUCGCCAAAUCCUGGGAUAGAGCUGGAGCAACAUAUAUUAAGUUGGCAAACUGUCAUUUGAAGUUGGAAAGCAAACAUGAAGCUGCCCAAGCUUAUGUUGAUGCUGCUCACUGCUAUAAGAAAACAUCUAUAAACGAGGCCAUAUCUUGCUUAGAGAAGGCAGUGCAUUUGUUUUGUGAUAUUGGAAGGCUCAACAUGGCUGCAAGAUACUUUAAGGAAAUUGCUGAAUUAUACGAGUCUAAACAGAACAUUGAGAAGGCUAUUGAGUUUUUUGAAAAAGCAGCUGACUUCUUCCAAAAUGAAGAAGUAACUACUUCUGCCAACCAGUGCAAGCAAAAGGUUGCACAGUUUGCUGCUCAACUGGAACACUAUCAGAAAGCAAUUGAGAUUUAUGAAUUGAUAGCCCGUCAGUCACUUAACAAUAACUUGCUGAAAUAUGGAGUUAAAGGACAUCUUCUAAAUGCUGGAAUUUGCCAACUCUGCAAAGGAGAUGUCGUUGCAAUUACCAAUGCUUUAGAGCGAUAUCAGGAUUUAGAUCCAACUUUUUCAGGAACAAGGGAGUACAAAUUAUUAGCGGAUAUUGCUGCUUCAAUUGAUGAGGAAGAUGUUGCGAAGUUUACUGAUGUGGUCAAGGAAUUUGAUAGCAUGACCCCACUGGAUUCGUGGAAGACAACCCUACUGUUGAGGGUGAAGGAGAAACUGAAAGCCAAGGAACUUGAGGAGGACGAUCUUACAUAAAUAUUGACAUGAAAUUGUGUGUUCUUUUGUUUUGUUCUUGUUGAUUUGCAUUGUAUUAUGCAUUUGUGUUGGUUAUUCUCAUUUACAAGGUAUUGAUCUUGAAUGGUACUUGAGUUGGGAUCCAAUCAGAGUGGUUAUGCAUGAAUUUACUGACUAUGAGUGUGUAAUUCUCCUCUUUUUUUCUGCUUAUUUGGCUUCGCCUGCACAUGAUGUGGUUUUUUUUAAAAAAAUUUACCCAAUAAAAAGGCGGUUUCUAUA